GCGAGCGUUAACUAGUGAACUCGUCUUGCCUAGGGUGCUCGUAUUUCUGUGAUGUCCAUUCGAGUGGAUCAACUCGACGACGACGGGCCGUGCUCGCUAUAUUCGUCUGAAAUAUCGAUCUGCGGGUCAGAGCACGGAAUCAUUCAGUUCAAUACGACCCCCAAAGCCUUUACAACUAGGGCGCCUUGGUUGCAAUGUUUGUAUCUUGCGCGUGUUCUUCAAAGCCGAGUCGGUGGGGGCUCUGGGCUCGUCAGCGGGGGAUUGCGAAAUAGGUCACUACCGAAAUAAACCACACGCAUAUCAUCACGUGUGUUGUUGAUCUGGGUUUUCUCAGUUUCAUAGUCGUCAAGACAAUAGCCCGUACUAUUUGAGGGGCAGGAGCUGGGAGCAGUGUUUCAUUCCCUGAGCUGGGAGCAGUGUUUCAUUCCCUGACAGUCCUCACGCCGGUGGCUCAGCUGUUUGAAAUGGUGUGCGGUGGACUGGUUGAUAUUUGAGUUAAAUCUUCAUUACUUUUUUUUUUGACAUCUCAACCAGUCUUUUAAUUAAGAUCAACUGUUUUGACCAAGAUUGGAUUGAUAAUUGUUAUUUUUCAGUGAGGUCCUUUAGAUUGUAUUUGUAUGCGUGCCGAGCCACCUGCUAAUACUUGCCGUGUGGAUAUUUAUUUCACUGUGUUUGGAAAAGAUGGACUUAUCUAGAAUGACAGGUCGUUAUUUGUGACACAGGAUUUAGCUACGGUAUACGAGAUAGAAAACAAAACAAAAAAAGGUAUUAUCGUCUGGAAUUGUUAGAGCUGUGAGAAGUAGGGCUGCACUGCUGUGAUUCAAUCGCUGCGACUGUUUUGAAAGCAACCUCGAGUGUAGUCUUCAAAUAAUCUCACCAUCACAGCUUCUGUAACGUACACGUACUAGUAACCGCUUUGUUCGUCUAUUAGUAGAUCAGAGACUUUGUUUUGAAAGACAUCCGGUGUAGGUUUCAGUGCAACAAUUGUGGUGUGCGUUGUUAUAAAUAAUGUCUGACAACGAGGAGCAGGCGGAACAGAGACCUGGCUCUGGUAACAAGAUCAAACCAAUGAUGGAUCACGAUGACAAAAAAGGUCGGUUGAGAGAGAUUAGCCAAGUAGUGAAGUAGUCUUGCUGUUUUCUUUAACUAACUACAUUAAGAUUUUUUGCCUACAGUGAAUUAAAGCAGCGGUUCUCAACCUGUGGGUUGCGACCCCCUUGCACAGGGGUCGCCAAAGAACAUCGGAAAACACAUAUUUAUAAAGUAGCAACGAAAAUAACUUAAUGGUUGGGGGUGACCACAGCACGAGGAACUGUAUUAAAGGGUCGCGGCAUUAAGAAGGUUGAGAACCACUGGCGUAAAGACUUGUUGCCUAAAGUGACGGGUGAAUCCGAGCAUAUAUUUGAUACAGGACUUCAAUCUCCGUCACACAACUCGUUUGGUACCUGGUCGAAUAAAUAUAGUCUUCACGUUUGUGUUACUGCAACCUCACAACAUGUAUAAGUCCGUUUUUUUCUUCCGAUUCCUGUGUUUGCAAUGAAAAACUAACUGUUAAGCCAAUAUAUUUUAUUUAAUCUGUACCAUCUGUUUUCAACAAUCUAUUUGAUUUCUAUCCGUAUGACUACUGUAAGCGAUCUAAGGCGAUCUAUUGAUUCCUUCCUUGCAGUCUCUUACUGCAAGAGACAAGCUAUUGCAUUUUUAAAUCAUUUAUAUUAACUUCGCAUUUGUUCGUCGGUGGGUGGCUGGCGAAAAUCUUCGGACGUCUAACUGACCCACUUCCUUUUAACAUGUCGAGCGGACGACACAUUCUAUCAAAUUUUCAGCUCCUCCGCCCCCCACCCCCCAAAAAAAACAACCCAUCUACCCCCAAAAAUCAGUUUUUCAUGUUUUGCAAAGGAAAUGUGAAGGAAAUAUGAUACCACUAAUUUCACGAAAUAAAAUUCCCGAUAACUGCGCCCAAAGAGAUUCUUUUUUGUUAAAAACCGCAAUUGCAUUUGGUACGUAAUAGCGUUUGGUGCGUAAUAGCGUUUGGUGCGUAAUAGCGUUUGGUGCGUAAUAGCGUUUGGUGCGUAAUAGUAAUAUUUUCUUUUGUUUUUUUCUGAAAUAGUCGAUGAAAUCAAUCUGCGGUGUAAAAGCGGGUGGUCGUUAGAAUAUUGAUAUAGUUCGNAAUUGGGAUUCUUAUAUAGUUAUAUAGUGCGUUCCUUUUAGGCCUAUGUAUGUUUGUCAUUCAGUCCCGCCCCCCCCCCCACCCCCAAAUCAAGCACUCUUUUUGAUUCAUAGAUUAGAAUGCCAGAGGCGGGUUACCUUUUUUAUUGCUUUCCCGCAGUAAAGAAAUUCUACUCAAAAGUGACCAUUAAGAAAGAAAACAAAAAAGUAGUUAUAAGUUUUCUUAUUAUGGCCUCUGUAAAAAUUGUCCGCAGUCUCUCUAUUAAAAUCAUUAAGUAGUGUCCCCUAUAUUAAUAAAUUGGCUAGUAAUCUCCCGCCUAUUCAAAAAAUUGUUUUAUAGUCUACUCUCAGUUAAAAUUGUUUCAUAGUCUCCCCUCAGUUAAAAUUGUUUCAUAGUCUCCCCUCAGUUAAAAUUGUUUCAUAGUCUCCCCUCAGUUAAAAUUGUUUCAUAGUCUCCCCUCAGUAAAAAUUGUUUCAUUGGCUCCACUCAGUUAAAAUUGUUUCAUAGUUUCCCCUCAGUUAAAAUUGUUUCAUCAUCUCCCCUCAGUUAAAAUUCAUAGUCUCCCCUCAGUUAAAAUUGUUUUAUAGUCUCCCAUCAGUUAAAAUAUUUUCACAGUCUCCCCAUCAGUUAAAAUUGUUUCAUAGUCUCCCCUCAGUUAAAAUUGUUUCACAGUCUCCCCAUCAGUUAAAAUUGUUUCAUAGUCUCCCCUCAGUAAAAAUUGUUUCAUAGUCUCCCUUCAGUUAAAAUUGUUUCAUAGUUUCCCCUCAGUUAAAAUUGUUUCAUCAUCUCCCAUCAGUUAAAAUUGUUUCAUAGUCUCCCCUCAGUUAAAAUUGUUUCACAGUCUCCCCAUCAGUUAAAAUUGUUUCAUAGUCUCCCCUCAGUAAAAAUUGUUUCAUAGUCUCCCUUCAGUUAAAAUUGUUUCAUAGUCUCCCCUCUACUAAAAUUUGUUCAGUCUCCACUACAUUAAAAUUCUUUCCUAGUUUGUCCACUUUAACAUUUUUCUCCGUUUUCUAUUUGCAGACAACCAGCAAGAUGAGCCCAGUGGAGGCAUUGGUUGCUGUGGUUACAUUCUGUGGGCACUCUCAGUGCUCAUGAUCGUCUGCACGUUCCCAUUCUCAUUGUGUCUGUGCAUUAAGGUAUGUUCUCACUAUGUAUGUAGAUUAAAAAGUAUGUUCUCAGUGUAUGUGUACAUUAAAAGGUAUGUUCUCAGUAUGUAUGUACAUUAAAGAUAUGUUCUCAGUAUAUAUGUAGAGUGAAAGGUAUGCUCUCAGUAUGUAUGUACAUUAAAAGGUAUGUUCUCAGUGUGCAUGUAGAUUAAAAAGUAUGUUCUCAGUGUGUAUGUAGAUUAAAAAUUAUGUUCUCAAUAUGUAUGUAGAUUAAAAUUACAUGGUAUGGUCUCAGUAUGUAUGUAGAUUAAAAGGUAUGUUCUCAGUGUAUAUGUAGAUUAAAAAGUAUGUUCUCGGUAUGUAUGUACAUUAAAAGGUAUGUUCUCAGUGUGUAUGUAGAUUACAAUUACAUGGUAUGUUCUAAGUAUGUAUGUAGAUUACAAGUCAUGUUCUCAGUAUGUAUGUAGAUUACAAUUACACUGUAUGUUCUCAGUAUGUAUGUAGAUUGCAAUUACAUGGUAUGUUUUCAGUAUGUAUCUAGAUUACAAGGUGUAUUCUCAGUAUGUAUGGAGAUUAAAAGGUAUGUUCUCAGUAUGCAUGUAGAUUACAAGGUAUGUUCUCAGUAUGUAUGUAGAUUACAAGGUAUGUUCUCAGUAUGUAUUUAGAUUACAAGGUAUGUUACAGGUAGGCUUUGUGACAUGGUAUGUUCUCAGUGAGGCUGAGUAUUAAAAAAGGUAUGAAUAUUAAAAGGCAUAGUUCAAGUGUGAUAUAUUAAAAGUUAUGUUCUUAUAUUGUCUGUAAAUUAAACAGUAUGUUUUCAGUGUACAUGUAUACAAAAAGUUAAGUUCUCGGUGUUUAUGUAGAUUAAAAGGUAUGUUAUCAUUUUUUAUUUUAUUAAGGAUUGUUCACAGUGUGUCUGUGUAUGAAGAUAUUUUCUCAUGGAUUCUCUGUGUUAUAUUUUGUUCCUAGUGUGUGUUGUAUUUCAUCAUCUUAAAUUUGACUGUCCACAUUCUCCUCCCAGGUUGUCCAAGAAUAUGAGAGAGCUGUCAUUUUUAGACUUGGUCGUCUCCUGUCUGGUGGGGCCAAGGGUCCAGGUAACUAAGAUAAACAAAGCGUACGCCAUUAUAGAUAUGACCAGAGAGCCACGGUCCAGUUACAUCCUACAUACACGGUCCAGUUACAUCCUACAUACACUAUUAUAAAUAUGAACAGAGAGCCUUGGUCCAGUAACACCCUACAGCCUUUCCUUCAACAACUCUUAUCCCCCCCCCCCCCCCCCCCAGAAAUUGCCCGACCACCAACAGGUUUAAGUGUCUCAUUUACCAAAGGCUUUUUAAAAGACAUUUGACUGACCUACAGAACAGCUAAAUCCUAACUUUAAAUCUGCCUAGUGCAUCCUUUAAUUCUAUUCAUUUCAUGUUUUUAAAUUUAAGACUUAGCUAAAGGUAUACUUGUGUUGCCUUUGUGUUGGCAUAGUCUUUGUAGUCUCAAAGAGACACCCAUUUUAACACAGCUUUUAAAGUGAGAAAGUUGUUGGAAGGUGCAUCUCAGUCUUCAUGCUUUUUUUUGUAUAUGAAAUGAAUGGAGUUGAUAUGGGAUGUCAAAUGAGGAUCUUGGUGUGUUUUAACAGAGUAUCAAAAUAGCACAUCCAGGGACUAUACACUCUGUUAUUACACAUGAUAAAAGGGUUAAAAUAUGGCCGCAUAGUGUACAACGGCCAUUGUCUAAUAAUGGCAUACAAAGGAGUGUUACUUGUUGGUAAAUGAACCAUUGUUUUGAUUAUGUGAUGAUGUAUCAACAACAGGGUGUUGCAAAUGAUUCAAGAAUAUUGAUUUUUGUAUUUUAAGAAGAAAAAUAACAUUAAAAGCAUGAUGCGAAACAUUAAAAUAAAUGUAAAAAUUGUAGUUUGUAAUUUUUCAAUUGUUAGGAAAUAUUUCUGCAUCCACUGGUGCUCUCAUAUUAGAUUAUUUAAAUGAUCUCUUCUCUAACUCUACCCCCCACCCACUCCUCUUUUCAAACUUGCAGGUCUAUUUUUCAUUAUUCCUUGCAUGGAUUCCUACACAAAGGUUGAUUUGAGAACUGUUUCUUUUGAUGUACCACCUCAAGAGGUAAGUGGAUCAUUGAAAUUGAAAUGACUUUAAGUAUUUAUAUAUAUUAUAUCAUGUGUUGCCAAGCUAAGUUGUAUACUGAAUUUCAGCAAUUUGGAUCAGCAAAAACUAGAGAAAUUUUAGCUAUAGAAUUUUGAAUAGCACAAGCAUAGAAUGUUAUUUGUUUCUGUAUUUUUCUGUACUACUUAUUUUUUGGUAUUUCAUGUAAUAAACUCUUCAUCCUUGAACUUGAACACAGAAAUACAAUUGGUUUUCUAAAAGCUUUCCUUCCUCUCAAGAAUUUCCCAAAUUAAGCUACCACAAUAAAAUUAAUUCAUUUCACAACAGUGAUGAUGUUUAAAACACAAAGAGAAUACUUUAAAACCAUCUCAUAACUUGAGGAACUGGUAACAGUAUAUUACUUGAUAGUAAUUUCAUUAAACUCAAAUGCCUUGGUAUGAAUGUGUGGCUAGAAUGUCAUCACUUCUCAAUAAUCUUCACCAUUCACCAUUAUGAGUUUUAUUAAAAAAAUGUUGUUUUUUUGUAUAUCAGCUUUUCACAUUCACAUUAUCAAACUUCGUUGUUUCCACAAUAUUUUUUAAACAGUGAGAUGAAGUGAUUGGUUUUACUUUCAUGACUGACACACACAGUAAAGAGGAUAUAAUAAAAAGCUGUUUUUGUUUCCUGAUUGAUAUUGAUACACCAUGAGGAUGAAAUAAUUAAACCCUGUUUUGUUUGACUGACAAACCGUAAAGAUGAUAUAAUUAAAAGUUGUUUUGUUUGACUGAAUGUAAGUAACAUACACAUUUAACCGGUCCCUUCAAAUCUCUUAUUUAGCCGCUCUCUUCAAAUCUCUUCCAAAAAUAUGAAAUUGAAUGUGUCCUUUCAGCAGUCAGAUAAUGAUCCCUUAUAAAGUAAAAAUGAAGCUUACACUGUGUCUCUUGUGCACACAGGUUCUGACAAGAGAUUCUGUCACGGUGGCGGUGGAUGCUGUGGUCUACUACCGGGUCAAGAAUGCCACCAUGUCGAUCACCAAUGUUGAAGACGCUAACCGCUCGACCAGGCUACUUGCGGCCACUACACUCAGGAACGUGCUGGGCACCAAGAACUUGAGUGAGAUCCUGUCGGACAGAGAGAACAUCAGCCACCUGAUGCAGGUACGUCUUUGUUGUGUCACAGGAAGGAUUUACCUGAGAUUUUUUUUUUUUACCUGCCAAUUUCUAUCUUAUACAAAGCCAAUUUUUUCCUUAAAAGAAAUUAUUUCAUUACAUUUUUUAUACUACUUCUAUAUUAUAGCUUUUAUCAGCUGAAACAAAACGUUACAUUCAAGUGUGCAACAAUUAAUUUCUAUAAUACUAUAAUUAUGUAGGAAUAUUUUAUUUUCAAGUGAAACUUGUAGCUCUCUUUUAUUAUUGACACAAAAUGUUAUUUAACAUCAUUUCUAUUUGUUUUGGUAACUCAACUUUUAAAACAAGAAUCCCAUAAUUAAUAUAAAGGAUUGCUGUGGAUGACAAAACUGAAGAAAAAUAAAUCAUCCUACGAUUGAUAAGAAAGUUUAAACGCUUAUUAUGAAAAUAAUGGCCUCCCAACAUAAAAUUCCGAUUCCAUGAAUCAGUAAUGGGUAUCAGACACUCUGAAUCCAUGUUAGAAUGUCUGCAUGUAAAAUACAGCAUUGCAAAAAAAAAAAAAAUCUAAAUCAUAAAGGCCUUUGGAAAAUACGUUCCUAUUUGUCCUCAUUCAAGCCGUAUCAAAACGAAACUUUUCCAUCAUAAGGCUUGUCUAUGAAAAAUUGGUCAGCAGCCAUUUAUUAAUAAUUUUGUUAGAUACCUAACAGCGGGCAUGUUUUAUUUAAAUAUCAUCCAGUUUUUAAAUUAACAAAUGGUAGAUGGGUUUUUAUAUUCAAGCAACUGAAAACUCUGUGGUUGUUAGUAAAAUAUACUCCCCAGAAUUCACUAAUGUUAACUGAAUAGGUAGCCACCAAAAAGCCUUCAUAUUGAUUAUGCGCCGGCAAUGCCCGUUGUCAUGAAAAAACCCCUAAUAUUUUAGCCAAUUUUAAUUGAACAGAAACAAAAUGCAGCAGGCCCAUUGUAAUUGUUAUGGAGUGAAUCAACUUUUUGAACAAGCUCAAAAUAAUAUGUUGGAAUUUAUUACUUUUCAAAAAUUGCUUUUAAACUUUAAAAUUAAGGAUAUUUUGACAAAACCUCACUGUGUUAUCUAAUACAGGUACUGGUACAUUAAUGAAUACCAAUUUGACUAUUCUGAGAGUUCCCUCCACCCCCUCCUCCCAAUCUUAUUGUUUUUCAGCACAGACUUCUUAUUAUUUUUAACAAAAAAACUAUAUUCAUACAAAUUUUGUCUCCCCCCACUAUCAAAUGUGAUUUUCUUCAGAGCAAUCUCGAUGAGUGUACAGAGCCUUGGGGUAUUCAUGUGGAAAGGGUUGAGAUGUAAGUCCUUCCUAGAUACCAACUAAAGCUGUCUGUGAUGACAGGCUGUAGCAGGAUGCAUCCAAAAUGUUUAGCCCAAAGUGCUGUCUCAAUAUCAUUUUAAUUCAGUUCAAGUUCAGAUGAAAAUGUCAAGUAAAAUUAUUUUAAGAUCAUUUUACAAAAGGCCUGAAAAGAUAUAAACAUAUUUUAUUUUAAACUUUUACAAUAUACUAGAGCUUUUUUUUUUGUUGCAAUUCAGUUUACUGCUGUGUUUUUUUAAUUUUUAUGUAAAUGCAAUCCCUAAUUAUUAUUGCUAACAUAGGUGACCACACAAAUUACAUGUAUAGGCCUAUAUAUAAAAAAAAAAUUUUAUUAACAAAAAUAAACUUAUGAUUUUUUUUUUUGUUGAAAUAUACCAUCGAAAAUGUUUGUUUUUUUCUUAAUCAGACCAAUUGAACUAUUAUUUUUUUGUUAAAAUUUCAUAAUGAAAUUGUAUUAUUUUAUGUUUUAAAACAUUAUUUAAAUUUAAAGUAAGCUAAGGAAUUUCAUUAAAAUGUUAUUGAUUAAUUGAAACAACUUUCCAUUGGUAAUCACCACUCUACUAUUAGAAAGCUAUCAAAUACCAGGUUAGCAUUAAAAUUUGAAAAUAGAAUCACCUAAACAUUGCAAUGAUACUUCAUCACCCCCAUGCAUGGACACCAAAUCUAAGCAAUAUAGUAAAUAAUAAUUAUUUUUUUAAUAUAAUGUUUUUUCUCGCCUUUUUAUUUUGAAUCCCUUUUAUUUAUUGUUUUAGAAAAACAUUCUUUUAAAAUCUUGGAGUAGCUCAUACAUUUUUUAAAUAUUGAAAUUUGACAUUUAUAUCUGAACUUUUCCAUUCUGCUCGUGCAAUCAUAUAAUAUUCUUUACUAUGGUACAGCUAUGACUGGAUUCAGUUCUUUCUUUGACAGUCUUGCUAAUCGUCAUUAUUCCAAGACUGCAUGGCAUUGCUGCUUGAUCUGUCUGAGAUGUAGAGUCAUUUAUGUUGUAUGACCAUCUAUAAUUUUGUAUUUAUUACAGUUAUUUUAUUUUUUUUAACUACCAGAUGAUGUUCAAAUGGCCACAGCCUGUCCACUUACUUUUAACACACCAUCCCAUGCCCAACCUUACUUCCAUGGUUAUUUCUAUGAACCAUAAUUUACAUUUUUUUAUCAUUUGUUCUAGCCAAUUGGAACCAACAAAACAGAGUUUACAAAUAUUUGUGUAGUAGUGUUUGAAAUAGUAUUACAUAUUUUUGUACCCCCUUAAAUUGACAGAAAAUGGUGUAGUUAUUUUACAACUUUGGUUUUAGUAAUUGUUUAAUUGUAAAUGGUCAUUUAUUGAAUAUAAUUUGAUAUUUAUUUAUAUGUUUGAAAUAUAAAUGAAAAAGUGAAAUAUGAAAAAUUUUCUAUUCAGUUUAUCCAGUGAUAAAUAAUAAUAAAAAUAUUAAAAGUUUUGUUACCAAACUCAAACACUUUAAAAAAGAAUUUAAAAGUUGAGCAGUUUAGACUCUAUUAUUGAUAUUAAAAAUUAAUUUUUAAAAAUCUGAAUGCAUUAAAAUAAAAUUAUACUGCAAUAAGUGACCAAAGACUUUAAAUAAUAGUAGUUUCAUUUUUGUAGUAUUAGUAGUUUAUAGCGGAAAAUAAAUAUUAGGACUACAGCAUCAACACUGUCAGGUUUGUGAGCGUCCAGAUUCAGCGGGAGCAGGCAUAACAAACCAAACUGAAAUUAGUUUUAACUCCGCAUUCUAAAUUAUUUUUACUUAUAUCAGUUUAUGAGUAAAAAAAUCAAUCAACUUUUGUUGACUUUGCCUGCCUCCUUGUCUCUUCCCUAUGUUCAGACAUCGUUGGACGAGGCCACUGACCCAUGGGGUGUGAAGGUCGAACGUGUAGAAGUGUAAGUAUGCAUUGUGAUAUAUGACUUUGGAGGCGCAUGCGUGCCUUAAAUCGUUGAACGCAGCGUACAUUUUUUUCUUGUAAAAUUCCAGUCACACUUUCAUAGAGAAACGUCCAUAGAAUAAUUUUUUAAGGAUAAUAUGUAAUUACUGUAUGGCAAAUGACAGAUCAGUAAUAGACUUAUUUAAAUUUCCUAAUUUAAAUUAAUGGAGACUUCAGUUACGGGCUACUACAAAAAAACAAAAAAAAAAAAACAAGGGUAGAUAUUUUAUUACAUAAUUAGAAUAUUCGAAAUAUAAACGUGACGUAACAUUUCAGCAUAAUAAUAUUUUUCUUGUUGUUAUGUCAGGGACAUUAUCAUUGUUGAUUUUAAACACCCUACUUAAAUGAUCGACAUUUUUAAAAGUAUUUUCAUCGCCGGGUGAAAAGAAAAAAAAAAGAAACGGAAGGGACUUUUUUUCCUUGUUUUUAAAAAAAAAGAUAGUUUUCCUGGUGUAGCAUGGCUUAAAUGAGCAGGAAAUUUACCCAUCAUAUUAACCGUAGAAAAUAAUCAUGUAAUGUAAAUUACUUUAUCACCGGUGGUAUGGAAGUAAACAUUUCCGUUAUCACCAUAGCCAGAUUUUUAAAGUGCACUAAGCUAUGUUUUAAACAAAACACUUAGAUUUUGAAGCCACGUUGUUGUCAAUGGUAAUGAAGUGACCUCUUUAGUCCUGAUAUUUGAACUCUUCUAUCCCAGUUUUCUCUUUAAUAAACUGUACAGAUAUUUGCACGAAAGCAUAGUGUCCCCGCAUGAAAUAGCUGUAAACGUUGACUGCUGCAUGAUGGUUUAUUGAUCAUUUUAUUCAUUGGUGUUAGAUAGAUUUGACCAUCACUAACUAGCUACGACAUUCAUUGAAUUCAUUGCUUUCAAUUAUUGCAUCUUUGUUUAGUAUUUCAGACCAUUUAAAGAUGCAUAUUGUAUUUCGAAUAUAUAAAUAUACAAAUAUAUAAAUAAAAUAUUAUAUAGGCCUAUAUAAAUAUAUAUUGUUAUAUUUUAGGAACCUAGGGUUGUGGCCAGCAUUUUUAACGGCGAAUAAUCGUAAUUAUUGACCAGCCAUCAUUAGUAUUAAAAUUAAGGCAUUUUACAAAUGAGAUCACUCAACUGUGAGAGUGGUGUGGGGAUCAACGGCAAGGGCGUCAUUUGGGCAGGGCUGGGUGGGGCAUUUGCCCCCCCCCUUUGAAUUUACUAAUUUGCUGGAUUUAUUUAAAUUGCUACUACUGUUGCGCCUCCAGUAAUAAGCUACUUAGUACAAGCCGACCAAGUUUUGGUUUUUUUUUAUAAACCCCCCCCCCUUUUUUUGUGUGUGUGUGAAACAAAACUGAAAUGACGUCCAUGAACGAGAGUCAUGUCGAAAGACGGUCAUGUUUGGAACUACACCUCUCAUAGAAUACUGGCGUGUAAAGUGAAGCGUGGGUUUUUUAAAAAAUAAUAAAGCCCUUAUAAACCGAAUUAACUCACACCCCCCCUAAUUGCCUGUCCUUAUGUCUCCCCAAUUGCCCCCCAUUCUGAAUUCGUGCCUAAUUCCACCCCCCCCCCCACCCCAACCCAAUCCCCCAACUCGGAUGUGGAGAUGUAGACAAGUCAGAGCAAUCACCAAUAGUGUUAUGUAGGAAAAAGGAAAACCCUUACACUGGAGCCUGGCUGUCAUAAUGAAGGCGCAGCGAAUGGGGUGCGUAUCACAAUGGAGAAUAACGAAACUCUACUGUAACGUCAGACAAGACCUCCUGCAUAGUGGAGGCCGUGAAUUCAGCCAUAGAGGAGAAGAAAAAAAAACCCGACGAGCGGACCGGGAAUUAGAUACCUGGUUAAAUGAGCGGUAACAAGUCAUCGAAGAGUUUACAGAUAUAUGUUACGAAUACGAUGUCACGACUAUAUACAGCUGCACGAAAGUGAUGGCCUCCUCACUUUGAUUUGCGAACUGUGAGGUUAUGGCUUUCCUCGGGUUAAUUUCUCAUACUCCUUAUUGAUCGGAGACAGUCUGUCCCCCCCCCCCCCCGGAUGGGGGAUGCAUAUCAAGGACCGCGGGGCUUCUACUUCUACCAUUGAAAGCAUGGUCUUCGAAAACAAGGGGAGAAACCGUCUUGGCUGAAAAAAUAACGAAUAGUUUUUAUGUUCCCUAUUUUAACAGUCACUGGGAUCUUUGAUAAAUACGGGAUGAAAAUUCAUUGAUUAUGUUAUAUGAAGCAUCCAUCUCCCCUUCUCUUGUUUGCCUGCUAGGGUUAUUAGCGCCCGCCCCUGGACAAAAUUUAUGAGAAAAUGGUGAGAAUCAUGUUUUUAUCUUAGUUUAUGGCUAAAACAAGAAACCAAGUAAAUGGCGCUCAAAUAGUACAGUCCUAAACAACGGCACCACACAGUCCUAAAUAACGGCACCACACAGUCCUAAAUAACGGCACCACACCUUCCUAAACCACGGCACCACACAACACUACAUGACGUUUUAGCUGGAGCUAACAACUUAACGACUCGCCCCCCCCCCCUCCAUUCCCUUCAGUUGUGUAACGUCUUGGGAAGUUUUUGAAUGUUUGAGACGGUGACCAUAUCCGAUUGACACCACCCGUUAGUAAUAUGUCCUCAGUGCACCUGAAACCAAGUGACGUGAUGCGUCUUUAAGGGUUUAGUUACAUUGUGUGUUUAUCGGCUUCAAAGCUGGGAGAACUCUCUUCAGGAGUGUGGUUACAGUGGGUUGUAACUAACCCCGGUGUGCCGGAGAGUCCAGCUUAUCUUGAAAUGCUUGCCUGUGUUACAUGUUUCUGUUACAUGUGUACAAAUGAUUCACUUACUUACAGCAUAAUUUGUUGAAAACUAGUUUUAUUUGUGGCGGCUUUGUUCACAAGACGUUUAUUUAUGUCACCAAAUGUUGACUUUUGGGAAAAUUAAUUUUUAAAAAAAUACUUUUGCGUAAAGUUGACGACCGCUUCCCUCCUUAAUAAGGUUAUAAGGCUAAUAUAAGGUCAGCCAAGGCGUGUAGAUAUAAGGUCAGCCAAGGCGUGUAGAUAUAAGGUCAGCCAAGGCGUGUAGAUAUAAGGUCAGCCAAGGCGUGUAGAUAUAAGGUCAGCCAAGGCGCGUAGAUAUAAGGUCAGCCAAGGCGUGUAGAUAUAAGGUUAGCCAAGGCGCGUAGAUAUAAGGUCAGCCAAGGCGUGUAGCUAUAAGGUCAGCCAAGGCGGGUAGAUAUAAGGUCAGCCAAGGCGUGUAGAUAUAAGGUCAGCCAAGGCGUGUAGAUAUAAGGUCAGCCAAGGCGUGUAGAUAUUCCCCGGAUAUGUCACCACGCCCGCCCUAUUUUCCCGUCUUUGUUGAGCAUGGUGUACAUUACUCAUAUCAAAAGGCGGACGGCCCUUAUUUAAAGACAUCGGUACUUUACAGCACAGUGAAGAACAACAUUUUGGCCGCUACUCUUCGUGUUGCCCGGAGACAGUGGUCGGCAAACUCAUUAAUCAAAAGAGCCACACUCAAAAAAAAAGCAACAAAAAAAAAACAACAACAAAAAAUCGGCAGCAGGACGAUUAAAAUAUUUUUGAGAGCCAAAUUUCUUAUCAAGGACCUGUCAAGAACUAAAAGGGGGGGGGGGAGAAUUUGAGAAAGGCUUGGGGGGCAUGGGGAAAAAAAGGUGGGCAAACGUUGAGCUAGAAACAGACCGCUCUCUUUCCCCACCCCCCACACCCCACCCCUGGCAGGUCCUAGAACCAAUAUCUUGACGAGUAUUGCAUUUUGUAAGUUGAGUACCCUAGUCCAACUUGAUCCCACGCAAAGCCUUUCUGGCCAAUCUUUCUCCGUUUUGGCUGUAAAUUCGGCCUUAAUUGUCAGCCGGCUGAGGUCUUCGGAGAUAAACUCAUCGUCUGUGGUAGUGGUUGUGGAGGAGGGGCGGUAGUGGUUGUAGGAGAAGGGGGAGAGGGACGGUGAUAGCAGUAGUAGUUGUAGUGGACUGGGAGUAAUUGUGUCGGGGCGUUGAGGGGGGGGAGGUAGGGGGUUAGCUACGUGUAUUGUUGCAUGAUAAAAUGAAUAUGAACGAAAAGAACAGAGAAUGAAAUCGUUGGGCAAAUAAAAUAAUAGGCCGGGCUAUAUUUCACCUGUUGAAAUCUUUUUCAUAAAGCUUGACCCAGGGGCAAACUGUUCUAAACAAAAAAUGUAAUUCUAGUUUAAAAUAUUUCAGUUUAGGUCUAUAUUUUAAAAAAAACCCCCCCCCCCCCCAUUUUUUUUUUCCUUCUCAGCAGAUUCAAUUUUUAAAUGAAUUUGGGGGUUUAUCUAUCUGAAUCUAUUUCAUUGGAAUAAAUUCUUAUCUAAAAGCAAACUCUUGAAGGUAGCCUAUGGACGGACAUGCCAAUAAUAAGAAUGAAUGCAGGUAUUAAGGUAUUCUCUCAUGUACUGACCUCGUGAUUUCACUUCACGCUGGGUGUCACUAACAUCUUGUUUCUCAUCACAUCACAGCAAGGACGUGCGUCUGCCUGUCCAGCUGCAGCGAGCCAUGGCAGCCGAGGCUGAGGCGUCCCGUGAGGCCAGAGCUAAGGUAAAUAGAGUUCCCUCUGUCAGUUGGAUUACUUGUGUGUUGUCGAGUGUGUGAGGCUGGAGCUGAGGUAAACCAUUGAAGACUUGUAUCCAUAUUGACUGCCUGGGAGGAAGAGGGAAGAUGUUGAAUCCAGCCAUGGAUGACGGAGAGGGGGUGUAAUAUAGAAGCAGGGCAGCCCCCCCUCCCCCCCCCCCCUUAGAGCAGACACAAAUGUUAGAAAUAGGACAAAUAAUGCAGGGGAAAUGAUAAUUUUUGUUCCAAAUCUAAUCUUAGGCAAAACCUGAAGUCAGGACUGGAUUAGGAAGAUUUAUAAUAAAUAAAUAACUUUUAAUUUAAAAAGGGGGGGGGGGGGCAGAGAGAGAGAGUUAAGAGAGAGAGAGAGAGGGUGUACGAGCAUGGUUCCUCUUCAUACAAAAUGAAAACAAAUUAAAUUUCAGAAUAAGAAAAUCAAUGAGAUUCAGCCUAGCUAUUUAUAUCACUAACACUAUUGUCAUCUCCUGCCUCCCUCUUCUCUAUUUAAUCCUCCCCCCCCCCCCCCAAUGUAAUUUAGAGGAGGACAUCAACUGAGCUUCAACAACUUCAAAUCUUUACUACUGCCCCAAUAUAGUUGAGAGGCUACAUGAAAUGGGCUUCAACAAUCAUACAAAAAAUCUUUACUGCCCCAAUAUAGCUGAGAGGGGACAUGCAAUGGGCCUCAACAAUCACACAUCUUUACUGCCCCAAUAUAGCUGAGAGGGGACAUGAAAUGGGCCUCAAUAUAGCUGAGAGAAGACAUGAAAUGGGCCUCAACAUAGCUGAGAGGGGACAUGAAAUGAGCCUUAAUAUAGCUGAGAGGGGACAUGAAAUGGGCCUCAACAUAGCUGAGAGGGGACAUGAAAUGGACCUCAACAAUCACACAUCUUUACUGCCCCAAUAUAGCUGAGAGGGAACAUGAAAUGGGCCUCAAUAUAGCUGAGAGAGGACAUGAAAUGGGCCUCAACAUAGCUGAGAGGGGAUCUGAGAGGGGACAUGAAAUGGACCUCAACAAUCACACAUCUAUACUGCCCCAAUAUAGCUGAGAGGGAACAUGAAAUGGGCCUCAAUAUAGCUGAGAGAGGACAUGAAAUGGGCCUCAACAUAGCUGAGAGGGGACAUGAAAUGGGCCUCAAUAUAGCUGAGAGGGGACAUGAAAUGGGCCUCAACAUAGCUGAGAGGAGACAUGAAAUGGGCUCCAACAAUCACACAUCAUUAGUGCCCAAAUAUAGCUGAGAGGGGACAUGAAAUGGGCCUCAACAUAGCUGAGAGUGGACAUGAAAUGGGCUUCAACAAUAACACAUCAUUAGUGCCCCAAUAUAGCUGAGAGUGGACAUGAAAUGGGCCUCAACAAUCACACAUCUUUACUGCGCCAAUGAAACUGAAAGGUGACAUCAAAUGGGCUUCUUUUUUUUCCUGAUUUUUUUUCAUAACAAGGUCAUAGCCAGGGAAACUGAAUGCAAAGGGCCAUAACAAGGUUGAUGGGGGAAAAGGGGGAGGGGGGCGGUUAACAAACAAGAAGUAAUAAAAAAUUGAUGACUUGCAAUAUUUCCCCUUAUAGAAAUUCCCAAGUGAAUUGGGAGGAGAGUGAGAGAAUGGAGAAUGCCAUAGAGAAAUCCCAACACUCAUGCCAUACACCAGAGAACCAUCAGGCAACAUACACAUGGGAUAUAAAUACACGCAGAACAAUGUAUCAAACAUAUAAAGACAGAAUCAUUCACAUAUAUUUGCACACAAAUAUAAACAUAUAUUUUAAAUAAUAUAUAUAUAUUUUUUAAAAUGUUCACUGAUAGGCUUAGCAAGUUAAAAUAAUGACAAUACCAACAUUAAAUAAGUUCAACUCAUAUCUCAGCAAAUUAUCACAUGGCCACAUUUCCUUACUGGAGGGGGGCCACAAAUAAUAAUGUGUGUUGGUCAACAAGAUGGCAUGAUGCCUGAAUAGGGAAACAUACAAUGCUCAUUGCUCCAAGGGCUAUCAAUGCAUUUUGAAUUAUGAUAAGCCUAAUUUAACAAAUUAAGAUUUUAAAAAAAAUAAAUUGUUUAAUAAUGUAAUGUAAGAGAAUAGCAUAUUAAAACACCUCAAAUAAGUAUUGCCAUAUCAAUAAAAUAAUAAUAAUAGCCUAGAAUAAAGCAUGCAGGUCCAUGAUUCAUCAGUUUUUGAGUAGGUAUACACGCAGGUAAGCCCAUCACAGAAGACAUAAACAUGUUAGAACGAAUGAGGUGAAUCUUGUUGUUGUCGAUACUUUGAUUUAUUUUCACCAACGCAGCUUCUAAAAGAUCCUGUCAGUUGUCGUGUGCUUAACUAAACAUAUUUGUAGAGCUGUGUAAAUUACUGCUUGCUUUUUUCCGUCAGGUCAUCGCCGCUGAAGGUGAGCAGAAGGCCUCCAAAUCCCUGAAGGAGGCCGCCGACAUCAUGAUCCAGUCCCCGGCCGCCCUCCAGCUGAGAUACCUCCAGACUCUGAACACCAUCUCGGCAGAGAAGAACUCCACCAUCAUCUUCCCACUCCCCAUUGACAUGCUGUCCGUCUUCAUGAAGAAAUAGAACAGGAACCGGCAGGGGGGUGGGGAGGGUCACCGUAGUAGGGGCGGGGGAUUUUAUCACUCCCGUUUAAAGAGAUUAAAAUGGUGCAGCGUUGAGAUAGGCUUGUACCUCAUUCCAAUGGUUUAUUCAAUUUGUUUAAAAGAGAAUGUUCAUCAACAAAAUGUGGUCAUUUAAAGGAAAGCUUCAACACAAAAUGUUCAUGAACAGACUCACUGCACAACUUGUAAACAGUUGAAGCUGAAGUUUCCAGUCUUUUUUAUGUUACAUAAAAAGUUACUCAGUGCUGUCAAAUUUUUCUUAGGUAAAUGUGUUAAUGCACUCAUACCAUGUUUGACUAAAUAAAUGAUUUCUAUGGAGUCAUCAUGAUAAAUUUGCUCAUUAUAAACUUAAAGGUAAAGGGUUUAAAGGGAUGUGAUAUCCCUGAUGUUAAAAAUUUUUAAAAAGCUCGACUCAUAUCCUUGUUAUCUAUCAUACACAUUUAUACAUGCUAAAACUAUCACUGAGUAUGUUCCUAAUAUAAAGCAUAAUAUGAUCAGGGGCUGCAAUUUUUUUUUUUGUACUGAAAUUUGUGAAUAAUAUUAAGUUUAAGUGCUUAAAAAUAUAAUUCAUGUCGUGAUAAAAAAUUCACUAAAGUUUAUUAAAUGAACUCUACAGCUUAAAUAAGAAAUAAUGGUUUUUCCUUUAGAAUCAGAAACUUCAUGUUUCACCCCCUGAAUUAAAGCUUAACAAUAAGACUUAAGGGGUCAGCCAGACAAGACCCAAAAUCAUACAGAUAAUUAACAAUUUUAUUUUUGAAACUUUCUACACUAUGCAUAUUUAUAAAGCUCUUCUCUCUAGACAUAUGUACCUAAAUAAUUACCUUAAUAAUAUGACUGAUUUCUUUUUAAAAAUUAUUCUUUAACUUACAGUGUUGCUUGUAUUCGAUGUAAAAAUAUGUGAAAUAGCUUCAUUCAAAAUACUAUUUUAGGCUGUAAUGAGCCCUUAUUGUAAGUUUAUUCAGGUAAAAGUUUUGUAUGUAUAUUUUAUAUUAAGUUUUAAAAAAAACUAUUCUUUGACAUUGUAUUUGUCCCUGCUUGUACUUGUCUUCAAUAAAUAUUUUAUUAAACAAUAAUAAUCUGGGAACUGUGCCUUUAAUUAAAAGCUAAAAUUUUAUGUUUUUUACAUUAGACAACCAGGUGAAUUAAUGUUGUUUUAAUGUUGAAUAUUUGUUUCUCCCAUUUUUUUCUUUCGAUUUUUAGAGGGUUCGGCAAUAGAAAGAAUUCAUCAAUUUCAGAGAACUUAAUAGUGCUACAUAGUAAAAUGUAGAAAAUUAUAAAUACUUAAGAAAAGAAAGAAAAAACAUUUAAAAGUGUUAUACCAUAUUGAAUGUAACCGCCUUUCUAACUGUUUAUUAUUCAUAUAUGUCCUAUAUGUGAAUCCCACUGUAAUUUAUCUCCUUAUAAAAAAAAGUUAUGUGCUCUCAAUUUGUAUGUUAUUUAGAGUUGAGUUAGUUUGAGAAUAUGAGUUUUCGAAUAAAACAUCAUCAGCAUUUUAGGGGUUGAUUUCUAAUUUGAUAACUUUGAAAUAGAUGCACUUUCAUUUCUUCAAACACGGAAGAAGGCGAAGUUAAUCUAAAGAAAGUUUAACUGGAGUUUCUAUAAUUUCUUUAAAAUUAUUUCCAUCUUUCGGAUAAGUUAAUACUGAAACCUAAAAUUUUUAAGAAUCUAUUUGAACUAAAAUUUGUAUGCUUAUUUUUUUACAUAAUAUAUAUUUGUAUAACUUUUAUUUGACUGCAUAUUUGACUGAUGGUAGUUUUACACAGAUGUAAUAUUUUAACUAUUAAAUCAAGUAAAGCUACCCUAUCUGUGUUAAAAAAAAAACAUCAUUGCUUGUAAAGGGAAUAUAACUGGAUUCCUGUGUCAUCCUCAUUUGCAACAUAACAUUAAACCAUGAAAUUGCUCUAAGCAUAAAUCUGUGAUUAUUUUGUUAUAAAACCAGAUUCUUUAUUAAUUUGGUUCUUAACUUGAAAGAAAAAAAAAAUGUACUAUCAACCAGGCCAAAGCUUCUUACUUUCAUUGGUUUCAUUUACAAUAAAAUUGAUGCUGUUCAAUAAUUUUCUUUGUAUCAUCUACCUACACAAUUGACUCAUUUGACCAAAAAGAGGUAAUCAAAUUCAGGCAUGUUUCAGUUAAAGUAAACUUUUUUUUUUCGUUUUUUUGAAGGAAUGAAAUUGUUAAAGAUUGAUGUAUGUUUUGAUAGUUAUUGCAAAUUAUGUCAAUUCUUUUAUCAUCAAAUAUAUCAUUUUACUGAUAAAUAUAAUUAAUUAAAAAAACAAACAUAAUUUACUACUUAUGCUCAAUUUCUUGCAUACUUAUCUGUUUUUUUUUAAUACGUGUAAAAAAAAAACAACUCUUUUAAUCUUGUUGUACAUAAGGGGACAAACUUAUUAUAUGCCAUUGCUUCUUCAGCCGCAUUUGUCUCUCUCAUACUCUGAGCAACCCUUCGCAGUUCAGUCGAAAGCCACUCAUUUCUGACUUUCUGACUGAGACAUAAAGUUAACUGUUCCAUAGUUAAGCUGUGGUGAGGUUCUUUAUGACAAUUAAAUCAGCUUUAAGAUGUCAAAGUUAUUUGAACAUUAAUGGAAUUUACAGAACUGAUACCACUUAUAAAUGAAAUUGUCCAACUCACAGUUUUAGAAAUACUGACCAAUCAAAGGCUGAAGUGCUUUCCUCUUUUUUUCUGACAAGAUUAAAAGGGGGGGAUUAAAUUCAUGUAUCUACUGUGUAAAUAUGACUAAAUGAUUUCCUGUUAUACUCAUCAUGUCUUGCAUCAUUAGAUUGAUAGCUGGGUUAGCUCUUUCACUUUAUUAACAGGAGUGCAUCUGUGAUCAUGUUCUAUAGAAAUCUGUGGACGUUUUACACAAUUUUGGAGAGCAAGUUUCGGAAAAGUAAAAUUUGUGUUUCCACCAAAAUGAAAGUAUUUCUUAAAUGAUGUGCUUGAAUAACAAAAUUUUGUUUCUACAUUUGUACUUACAAAAUAGACAGUUUUUAUUUCAUUCGGGGACCGAAAAUUAUUUUUUUGCAUGUUUUACAAAACAAUUUAUUCAAUCAAUUUAAUUAAAUUUGUAACUCAUUUACAGCCAUCAUUAUUGAAAUCAAGAAAAAGCUGCUUGUUCUGAAGUUGUCAUCUUUCUUUCAUACAAAACAUCUACACUCAAUAUAGCUUAGAUGUCCAUUUUCUUAAGAAUAAAAUAUUCUUCUUAGAAACC